ACUGCUGAUUAAAAUAACAUUUCAGUUACUGACUCCAGAACAAAAUGUGUUCCUAGUGCCAGCAAGCAUCCAAAUCAUUAGACUGAAACCGAGUGAAUAACUAUUGAGAAUCUUGCCGCGCAGCGAGAUGGAGGUGACAUCCUCUGACCAAGCCUCCAAUCUUUGAUCCCAAGCAUGUGCACCAAUUGCCAACUUAAUUCCCUGCCAUUAAACUAAACCAUGGGGCAAAAUGUUGGCAGCCCUUUAAAUCAGAAGGUGCACAUGGCACAACAAGUCUAGUGCUACUACUGCAACAGCUCAUCUUCUCUUGAGACGCAGGCAGACAGAAGAGGAAGAGUAUAUCAGGGGAGGAGCAGGAGGGGGAAGAGGCUGCGGCAAUGGGGUGCAGGUCCUGCGACAAGCCGAAGAUGAACUACAGGAAGGGGCUUUGGUCUCCUGAGGAGGACCAGAGGCUGAGGGACUACAUCCUCAAGCAUGGCCUUGGCUGCUGGAGUGCUGUACCUGCAAAGGCUGGUCUGCAGAGAAACGGCAAGAGCUGCCGGCUGCGUUGGAUCAACUACCUACGGCCCGGAUUGAAGCGCGGGAUGUUCUCUCAGGAGGAAGAGGACGUCGUCAUCAACCUCCAAGCCAAGUUGGGCAACAAGUGGUCGCAGAUAGCGAUGCAUCUGCCGGGUCGGACGGACAACGAGGUGAAGAACUACUGGAACUCGUACCUGAAGAAGAGGGUCAUGUCUUCUUCCAACUCCAACUCCAGAAACAACCCGGAGCUGUUGACCUCCAUGAGCGCCACCACGGAGCUCAUCAUCAACAACGGCGGCGGGAGUUCGGCGACCUCCUACGACGACCACGACGGCGGCAACGUCAGCGCCGGCAGCCAUGGCAUCUCAGCGGCGCCACCCGCCGCCGCCGAGCCGUUGUUCGACCAGCAGCAGCAGGCGGCCAAGAGCUUCGUCUUCGCCGACUGGAUGCCGCCGGCGGCAGCGCCCCCCGCCGCCGCCGCAGGGCCCGAGAGCUACUCCAUGUCCGGAGCGCACUGGCCGGCCUCCACCGCCUCCAGCUCCGGCACCGCCACGCCCUCGCACGCCGCGUUCCUCGGGGACCAGAUCAGCGGCGGCAGCUACGCCGGCGGCGCCGGCGUAUCUCACGGCGGCAUCGGCCCCGGAGCCGGAGGCGGCGGCGGGUACUUCGACCUGCUCAACAUGGGCGACAUCUACGGCGGGUUCAGCACGACGAACGACGAUCUGCUCUUCUGAGGCCUUUUUCUGAAUUCUGAAUCCUGAUGCUGCGAUGAGAUGCAGAUGACAUGCGGUGAAGAGAAAAAAAGUGUUCUUUGUGUAUGAAAUUGGAUGGGGUAUACUUGCCUGAUUAAUUUGAUUCUUCUUCUUCUUGUGUAAAAGGGAAAUGUGAUCAUUGUUAGAGGCGAUUCAGUAGGCUGGACAUACAAUUCUUUUCUUGUUCUUCUUUUUUCUGCAAUAAAAAUGUGUGUCGAUUCGUUUCGUGUAAGUGCAAAAUGUGUAAUGAGCAUAAUUCUUGGAGAUGAGUAAAGGUUUGACAAAUUUAACAGGUAUCAA